CACACGGCUCCUCCAGGAGGGUUCAUUGUUCUGACUUGAUGACAGAGCUUCAACUUGUACACCCACCAUCAGUUGCUCCUCCGCUCUUCUGAGAAGAACUCUGCUGGAUUUCUGUUGGAUGAAGGCCUCGAAGAGGACAAUACCCGCUGGCAACCGUGCGGCUAUAAAGGUUGGAUACGACCUCCCAUCCCAUGAUGCCCUGGCAAAGAUCCUACCAAAUAGCCGCUAUCCUUUCAAGGGAGCGAAGGCUGAGCUGCCCAGAGACCAGGAGAAACCAGCUGAGAGGCCCGAGGCGUCACAGGCCAAUAAACCCGACAUAAACCACACUUAUCAAGUACAUCAGUCACAUAAACGACCACCUCUUCAUGACUUUGAGGAUGAUCCCAACAUGGCAGAGAUCACAGACCUCCAAACGAAGGAGAUGGAAAACUAUCGUUCAGCCAUGAGUAAAAUGGCUGAAGACAUCAUUGCACUGAGGACCCGGGUGGUGACGUUGGAGGCAGAAAACAGUCGGCUCCACACUGAUCUGUCUCUGCAGCAGGACCACGGCCCACAUCUGCUGGAGGACGCAGACAUUGACGUCAUGACCAAGGCUGAGAUUGUUGACCGUUUCGUCUCUCUGAAAUUCAAGCUAGCCAGUGAGACCAGUAAGGCUGCCUCUCAAAGGGACAGGAUCCAGCAGCUGCAGAAUGACUUGAUCAAGAAGAACGACAGUGAGAAGCAGCUAAUGCAACUGCAGAGAGUUCACCAGCUGCAAGCGGAGAAUCUGCAGCGCCACCAGAGUCACCGGGCAGAGAUGACGACGUUGGAGGUCACAGUGAAGCAGCAGGAAAAGGUGAACUGCAAUGUGUCCCCUCUGCUCCGACUCGUACACCCAUCUCCAUCACAACGGGGAACGCUUCUUUCUUUCAAUAACAGCUUGAAAUGUUCCGAUUACCUCCCGUGGACUUUCAUCCCCUUUUUUCAGGUCAUUGAGAAGAUGGAGAAAGCAUUAGAUGGCAAACUCCGAGAGAAGAACAAACAGCGUGUCGUUAAAACGCUGGUGGGGAAAAAGCAAAGAGGGGACACCGGCCUCCCAAAGGAAGAGAGCGAGUUGUCCCCGGCAGCAGAAAACAGUCGUCUCCGAGGAGAGCCGGACAGGAUGCGGCGGCAGCAGGCAGCACAGACCAAAGAAUCCCUGCCAGUCGAGGAGAAGCUGAGCUUACUCAAUAAACUGGAGACGGCCGAGGCGAGAGUCCAAACGCUGGAGGCUCAGCUGGAGGAGAACUGUGAGCUAUGGGGCCGACAGAAACAGGGAAUGCUGACCCAGCUGAGUGAGCACAGGCACGGCUUUGUCCGGACAUCCACCACAAUCCUGCAUCAUGUUCCUUCGAGGGCUGUAUCAUGAUCGUUGUAUCGGCAAAGCAGACGGAAGCAGCGGAAGUCAAAUGGUCGAUAAAUCAUCUCAACUUACAAACACACAAACAGUUUUCCUUCAAUUAAUGUUCCAAAAAAGAUAUUUUCUAAAUUAAUAUACGUUUAUAUUGUUGUAAAAUAUGUCAUAAAAUGAUAUAUUACAAUACAUAUUUUAAAUCAGUUGUAUUAUUUUAUUCAUCACAGUUUAGAGUUUAUAUUUUGUCAUUACACACUUGGGGGAAAAAGCACAGGUUUUUUAUUAUAUUGAACACACACUGCACAUUUUCAUCCUUGUUCAAAUGACUCUCCAAAUAAGAAACAAUAUAUAUAUAAUUACUA